AUGGACGACGGAGGCUGGUGGUCAGUGGCUCGUCCUGCGUCGAGCCCGGAGGCCUCGCAGCUCGCCGGUCUCUUCGCAGCCCGGCCUUCGACGCGGCACUUCAUGAAAGAAGAGUACCGCGAGUCUUAUCCUUUUCGGACCUCGGCGGACGCCAGGUACGAGCUCAGGCGGCAAAACAUUCCGACGACAGACUUCAUGCGGAUGUUUGAGGCGCCACUGAAAGAUUCUCGGCUCUACGACCUUCGAGUGCACCACGGCGCAACCGUCCGUGCGCGGACUGCGAAGGCGGCUGAAGCCACUGCGCUGGAACGCCAGGCCGAGUCGAUGCGGCGAGGGCGGCGGGUGCGCGAGCUUACAUCUGCAGAGCAGAUGCGGCAACUUUGCGACGUGAUGCGAACUAUGCAUCGUGGCGGGCGCACUGAAAGCAAAGACGGAAAGCAAAAGCGCCUGGUCGUGUCACAAGCCUGGAGCUCCAUGGGCAACCUGAACUACCAGGAGGCCAAGAAUGGCCAACACCAGGAGGAAAGCCAGAACCGCACCUACGAGGUCAUCGCGAAGACAGGCACGGUCAAAGCAGAGCCACACAUGGAUGCCAAGCUGAAGACCAAGAAGUCCAAAGGAAGUAGGUUCAUCGUCUCCGAAAUGACGAUGAAUGGCUGGUUGAAGCUUGAGAACGAGCCGGGCUGGUUGGCAGCUCACCUCCGUGGUGUACAGGACAUUGGAGAGGUGGCAGCACCGCUCGAGACCGACCCCAUGCUGGAGCUGGCAGUCCCUGUCUACCAGCCGCAGGGCAUGGUUUGCCUCGAAGUCGUCUUCAAGACCGGAGUUCCCGUAAGGGAGACGCCGAGCCGAAAGGCGAAGACAGUGGCAACGCUCAAGUGCGGAGAGUAUGUCUUUGCGCACACUCAGAACUUUGACGGCUGGCUGAAGCUCUCGGGCAAGCCAGAAGGAUGGGUCCUAGCCAACGACUCGGACUGGGGCGAGCUGCUUCGGCGCCGGCGACGCAUGAACGACAUUGACUUGUGGGCCAUGUGUGAUGCCUGGGCUGCUGCAAGAGCGCGGCCAGGAACUGGACGUUCUAUGGGCCUGAGCGGCAAGGAGGUCGAGGCCCUCAAAGAGCUCGAAGAGCGCACGGUCAUGGAGGCCAAAGCCUUGUGGCAAGAGCACCGCAGCAACAAGGAGUACCUGGUGUCGGAGGGAUACCUGGCCGGAGAGGACCUUCUGAAGACAGAGACCUGGAUGCGUCAGCGGGUCUUUGCCCAUGUCCUCGAGAAGAAGUCCAAGUCGGGUGAGGGCUGGCUUCGGGAGCUGAUCUCGGGCUUCAAGCUGUCCUCCCGAGUGCCCCCGCUGCCAGGCAUCCAGGGGGAGCAGGAGGAAGACGACUACUACGCCGAGCAGCAGGCCCAAGCACAGAGCUUCUCCCAAGGGCUGCGAAAGGGCUUCACGAAUGCCAAUGGCGGAGCAAUGGGUGGAGCCAUGGGUGGCCCAAUGGGCGGCGCCAUGGGUGGACAGCAAGGCCACGGCGCCUUCGAUCCGGCCUUCGAAGGGACCAAGCCUUUCGAGUACAAAGGCAAGAUCUAUACCAUGGCUCCAAACGGUGUGCUCUUUGAUCCGCCGAACCAGGUUCCCAUGGGCAUCUGGAACCCUGACACUCAGCGCCUUGACCCCGCUGCCGGCAUGAUGCCCGGCUGCCCCUAUCCGGCCAUCUCUUACCUGGGUCGAACCUACAUUUUGCUCCCGGACCAACGCCUGUUGGACCCUGAAACCGAGGAGAUUGUGGGCACGUUCAAUCGCGACACGAACGAGAUGGACCUGCAGAACCCUACGCUGCUUCAAGAGGUUUGCCUGCAUGUCUGA